AUGGCACCCUGCCCGCUGGACGACACGGAUCUCCUGGAGAGCUUCAGCAACUUUCUGUCAACUGCCGAAGUGCUGCGCCUGGCCGCCACGUGCACCACCUACACCAACGCCUUCAAGGAGGCAUUCUCGAAGCCCUCGCCCCUGCGCUACUGGAGCCGCAAGGAGGGCGCGACACGUGGACGCACCCUCCGCCUGCCCCCCGGCUUCGUCACCGGUGCGACCGUACAGCACUACCCCCAAGACGCAAUCCAAGAGGAAGCCUGGCAGGGCGCGUUCGAUGCGCCGCCUCCUGAGCAGCAGGGUGAGCAGCAGGACGAGCAGCAGCCGCAUCAGCAGCACGGCGAGCAGCAGCAGCAGGACGAGCAGCAGCAGCAGCAGCAGCAGGACGAGCAGCAGCAGCAGCAGCAGCAGCAGCAGCACGAGGAUGACGAGGAGGAAGACGAUGAGGAGGACGAGGAAAUGCUGGCCGCGCUGCCGGGGGUGCUGCAGGCCAUGCUGCACGCCGGCGGGGCCGGCGCAGGCCCCGCGGACGCGGCAGCGGCGGUCCUCGCGUCUCCGGACUGGGGCCCUCCGGCGGCGGCCGGCUUCUGGGGCGCGCUGCUGCUGGCGCUGUUCGCGGCCGCGCCGGCCGGCGGCGGCGGCCCCGCGCGCCUGCUGCGGCGGCUGUGGGCCGCGUCCGCUCCGACCAGCAGGCCGCAGGCUGCCUUCGCGCCGGCGUCGCAGGGCGCCGCCGAGCUGCCGGCGCUGCCCUCGGACGACGCCGCCGCCGGCGCGCCCCUGGACCGCUGCGCGCUGCGCGAGUUUGUGUGCGCUGUGCUGGUGCUGCUGCGGCACGAGGAGGUGUCGGGCAGCGUGGCGCCGCUGGGCGCGGGCGGUCCAUACGCUAUGCUGCACCAAGACCUGCAGGAGACGCUGACCUACCUGGAGUCUGCCGACAGCCACACGGCCACCAAGGUGAUGCAGUCGGUGCCAGAGUGGCGCCAGGCGGGGCUGCCGCACCCGGCUGCGCGCGUGGAGCUGCCGGACGGCGCCUGCUUGACGCCCGAGCAGGUCACCAUCAUCCAGUCGCUGCUGCCCUUCGAGCUGGGCGCCAACAACGCCCCCGUCUAUGGGCCCACCCCCAACAUGGUGCACAGAGUGAUCGCGUUUGCGGGCUGCGCCAAGACCACCACCCUGAAGGCCAUUGCAGCGGCCCACCAGGGGCGCAGCCUGCUGUACGUCGCUUUCAACAAGGUGGUCGCUGAGGAGGCGCGGCGGAUCUUCCCAGCCAACACGUACGCCUCGACUGUGCACUCGCUUGCGUACCAAGCCGUCAGUCGCACACCACUCAGCCGCCGCUGCGGAGACCUGCGCGCCCCGUCCGUGCUCCAGGUCAAGUCGGUCAUGGGGGACUUCAUGCGGGCCAUGGGCCUCAGCGCGCCCACAGUGAAGGAGGCCAGCGUCGUGCACAUGGCUGUCGAGCGGUUCAUGACGUCGUCAGAUGAGGAGGUGACAGAGGAGCACGCCUAUAAGGCGCGCGCGGCGGUCGAGCGCGGCAUCGAAAUCGAGAAACAGAGGGGCGGGCGCGAUGUGAAACCCACCCGGGACCUGCCGUACCAGUCGUAUGCGCAGCGGGUGUGGCGGCGCAUGAUAGACCCCAACGAGACGUUCCUGCCGCUGCCCCACAACGGGUACCUGAAGGUCUGGUCCCUGGGCAGGCCGCAGCUGGUCAACCCGCACACUGGGCUGCCCUACGAUGCUAUCCUCAUCGACGAGGCCCAGGACAUCAACGAGGUGUCCCUGAGCCUCCUGCUGCGGCAGCCGUGCGUCAAGGUGCUGGUGGGGGACCCCUACCAGCACAUCUACUCCUUCAAUGGCGCCGGCAACGCCCUGGGUGACGCCCACUGGACAGAGGAGGCCAUGUACGGCUCCGCCCUGGGCCGCACCCUCACCCUCAGCGCGUCGUUCCGCAUGGGGCCGGAGGUGACGGCGGUCGCAAACACGGUCCUGCACCGCUCCUACGCGGAGAAGCGCCGCAUCGUGGGGCUCGGCAACCCGCACGCCACGGUGUAUGUCCUGAAGGGGCCACUGGAUCGCAUCCUGCCGGCAGCGGCGCCCCACGGGCAUGGGGCGGCGCCCGCCGAGCAGGGCGGACAGCCAGGAGCGGCCGGCGAGGGGCCUCAGGCCGGCCCGCAAGGGGAGCCCGAAGGGGCGGCGGCCGCGGCCGCGGCGGCGGGCGUGGGGGUGCUGGAAGCGGAGGCCGCGGCCGUCCUGCAGCUGCAGGCCGCGGCGGCCGCGGAAGGCGUGGCAUUUGCCGCGCCGCCGGCGCUGGCCGCGCCGGCGGCGCUGGCCGCGCUGCUGGCGCUAGUCAGGCCGCGGGCACCGCCGGCAGCGGAGGUGGUCCAGGAUGCAUACAGGCGUGCAGACCUGACGGGGGCCCUCAGCGAGCCAUGCGGCGACGGCGGCGACGGCGACGGCGACGGCGCCGCGGCGGCGCCCGAGGCGGGGGCGGGCGACGCCGGUCCCCUCGCGCCGCCUGCGGCCCUGGGUGGCGAUGCGGCGGCGCCGCACGCGCCGCCGCGGCUGACGGCGCUGGUGCUGAAGCUGCCCACAUCGCCGCAAAGACCUGAUCUAGAGGCCGCCCCGCAGCCUGUGGCGCGCCUGCCGGCGGGGCCGGGGGGCGCGCCGCCGCCGCCGCUGCUCAUCAUCUGUAGGUACAACGCCACCUGGUUCAAGAUCGCCGUGGCGCUCAUGGCCGCCGCGCGCGCGGCCGGGGAGGAGCCGCCCACGCUGUUCCUCGCCGCCGCGGCGCCGCCUGGGGACGGAUGGGGCGGCGGCGGCGGCGGCCGCGGCGGGGGGUUCGAGGGGCGCGGCAAGGCGGCGGUGGCGGCGCCUGGUGGGAGGAGGGCUGAUUGGAGGGCCAUCUACCCCGGGGUCGACCUAUUUCAGAGGGUCGGCGAGCUGUGGGACUUCAAGUUCGGCAACCGCGAUGGCAGCCGGUUUGGGAGGUACCAGUCAUGGGUCGAGAUCCAGAGCAACGUGGCCCUGGAGCCCGAGAUCCGCGCGGCUGUGGGGCUGGUUGACCUGUAUGGCAAGGACCUGCUCGGGCUCAUCGACGACGUCUGGGCCGCACGGGUGCCGUCCCGCGAGGAGGCGCGCUACAUCCUGUCGACGGCCCACAAGAUGAAGGGCCUGGAGGAGGGCUGGGUACAGCUGGCGGAGGACUUUGCCCAGCUGCCCCCUCCAGGCGUCAGGGCCCCUAACCGGUCUGCUGGUGGCCACGAUGACGAGCUGAACCUGGUUUACGUGUCGGCCAGCCGCGCACAGGCGGGCCUGAUUUUGUCUGACAACCUGUCCAAGGCGAUCAGGGCGGCGUGCGGACGAAAAUCGGGCCUCGCCCUGGAGGUCCGCUCGCAGCUGCAGCUGCGCGAGGCGAUGGAGCGCGAUUUCGCCGAGGGCGGCGCGCCCGGCGCCCAGCGCGACCCCCUGGACCACACUUUCACAUGCGGCGCCUGCCGCGGGGGCUUCAAGGCGGCGGAGGGCCGCGCGCUGGACGUGGCCGUGGCGAACGAGGGGGCGCUGGGCUUCAAGCAGCGCCUGGUGUGCGGGGACUGCGCGGCGCGCUGCGUGCUCGCUGACGUGGCGGCGCUGGCGCGGCCGCGGGGGCCGGAGGAGUGGCGGGCGUGGUGA